AGAUCUAAUAUCUCUAUUUCUUGAAUAGUGAUGUAGAUCUAUUACUAUAUAAUCUAGAACUAGACUCUAUAGAAUUAUAAGAAGAAGAUCUGCAAAUUAUGUCACACCAAAGGUCGAGUGAUUACGUUGGAAAAGCCUUUCAAAUUCCAGUAGCGCCAAAUAGUCUGAAGAAAAGUGAUUCGCCCCAUAAAAAGACACAUUUUUCAAAAUCUUCAUUUAACAUGGACAUGGCCUCAGGCUCAGGCUUAUCACAGAUUCUUCAAACACAGAAUCAUGAGAAUGGCACAGGUGCCAGAGGGGCUUCUCAAAUUUCAGCUCAUCCAACUGUUGGAGGUAUCAAGCUGCGUUCUGUUGAAGAAAUUCCUAGAAAGUUUCAACAGAUUUUUACCUUCCCCUAUUUCAAUCUCCUACAGUCUAAAGUUUAUGAUGAGGUUUUGUAUACAGACAAUUCAAUAGUUGUUUCAGCUCCAACAGGAUCUGGUAAAACUGUAGUAUUUGAACUGGCUUUAAUACGCUUGCUAAUGAAGACAGAUGACUCAGUAUCAAGUGGAAAAAUUAUUUAUAUGGCACCUAUGAAAGCCUUAUGUUCAGAAAGAUUUAUGGAUUGGAAGGAGAAAUUUUCUCAACAUGGAAUGAUUUGUUUGGAAGUUACUGGAGACACAGAAAUUGAUGAUCUGACAGAGCUGUUUAAUGCUACUUUGAUCUUCACAACUCCUGAAAAAUGGGACAGCAUGUCCAGAAGGUGGAAAGAUAAUAGACAACUUUUUAGACAGAUUAAACUAUUCUUGAUUGAUGAGGUUCACACAAUGAACGAUCGACAAAGAGGUGCCACUGUGGAAGCUGUUGUUAGUCGCAUGAAAACUUUACAGACCCCCAGCUCUAAAAAUGGAGAACAAUCAAUUCGUUUUAUUGCAGUUUCAGCAACUAUGCCUAACUAUAAUGAUAUUGCUGCAUGGUUAAGCCAGCCCUGUAAACCUGCAUUAGCUUUCAGUCUGGCUGAUUGUCACCGUUCAGUAAAACUGGAAAGAAUAGUCAUUGGUUACCCUUUUACUGAAGGCACUUCAGAUUUUCGAUUUGACAUGAGACUUUCUUAUCGAUUGAAAUCCAUCAUAGAUGAAUAUUCACAUUCAAAACCAACACUUGUGUUUUGCUCCUCUCGUAAAAGUGUAAUACAAUCUGCUGAAGUCUUGGCUAGAGAUUUCAAAGGACAUAGACAUUUUGUUUUGAUUGACUCUGUCCACCUUCAAAAAGCAAUAUCUUCUAUUCAUGACUACAAAGUAGCAGAAUUUUUGCAGCUGGGUAUUGGUAUACAUCAUGCAGGCUUACACUCACAGGAUCGACACAUUGUAGAGGAACUUUUCAGAUCUUCUCAGUUACCUGUAUUGGUCUGUACAAGUACCUUGGCUAUGGGUGUGAACUUACCAGCCCACCUUGUUAUUAUUAAGUCUACACACUACUAUAAUAUGGGAGCAAUACAGGAGUACUCAGAUAUGCACAUUCUACAAAUGAUUGGAAGAGCUGGUAGACCUCAGUUUGACACAUUUGCUGUAGCAGUGAUUAUGACAAAGUCCAAAUAUAAGUCCAGAUAUGAAUCACUUGUGAAUGGCAGACAGUUGAUUGAAAGCAGCUUACAUAAACACCUCAUAGAACAUCUGAAUGCAGAAAUAGUUCUACAGACUAUUAGUAACUAUAGUCUUGUAAUGGAGUGGUUAAAACACACAUUUCUUUAUGUCAGAGCAUUAAAAAACCCUAAAUAUUAUGGAUUGCCAUCUGAUUUAAAAAAAGAAGAUGUUGAAAAGAAACUUACAGAUAUGUGUCUUCAAAGCUUGAAUCAAUUAAGAAGUUCUAAUCUUGUCUCUGUUAAUGAAGAGUCAGAUGCUAUAUUUUCUACAGAUACAGGAAAAUUGAUGGCCAGGUACUGUGUUGCCUUCAACACCAUUAAACAGUUUCAUGAAAUAGCUGAGCAUUGUGAAAGUAUAGCUGAUAUGUUAACUAGACUUGCCCAGUGCUCUGAAUUUGAAGAUAUACAGUUGAGAACCAAUGAGAAGAAAAUUCUGAACACACUAAACAAAGACAAAAAUAAAGAAACCAUAAGAUACCCGAUGACUGGAAAGAUAAAGACUGGGCCCAUGAAAGUCAAUUGUUUAAUUCAAGCUCAGCUCAGCUGUUUAAUUGUGUCAGACUUUUCCUUAUCACAAGACACUGGAAAAAUUUUUAGAGUUGGACAAAGGCUGCUGAAAUGUUUGAUGGAAUUUUUACUUCAGUCCAAGCGUUAUUCAGUGCUUCUCUAUUCUGCUUUACUCUAUAAAGCAUUCAAGUCAAAGCUUUGGUUUGAUUCAAAAUAUGUGGCACGUCAAUUGGAUGGCAUUGGUCCAACUAUGUCAUUGGCAUUAGCCAAUGCAGGAUUAACAUCAUUCCAGAAAAUUGAACAAACCAAUGCAAGAGAUAUUGAAUUGAUUGUCAACAGACAUCCUCCGUUUGGUAAUCAAGUUCUAGAAGCAGUUUCAGCUUUACCAAAAUAUCAGUUGGCUUUAGAGCAGAUGAAGCCCUACAAACCACACAAAGCAAUAAUUACACUUAUUGUUGACCUACUGAAUUUCUCUGUACUGGAAAUGAAACCUAGCUCAGAAAAUACUCAUCAGUCAUUGCUGAUUGUUGGGGAUGCUGAAGAUAAACUUGUAUUGAAGUUGCGCAUCUUUGACAGUUCUAUUUUGAGAUGUGGUUCUAUAUCACAAACAUUUGAAGUUACUCGCUGUAAGAAAAGCAAAAAGCUGGACAUUACUUUGAUAAGUCAGAUCUGGGUGGGUCUUGAUAUUUAUACAGACUAUGAACCCAUUUAUUCUGAAGACUGGUUUGAUAUCACCAAAAAUCCAUCCAUAAAAAAGGUUGAAACUCCUUCCUCUAAGUUAAAAGCUGCAGUUGAUAGUGCCAAGCUUAAAACCAGAGGAAAUCCUAAUGGAAUCAGAGAAUCUGAUAACAAGACCAAGUUUGCUCAAUGCAGCCACAAAUGUCUAGAUAAAUCUAUUUGUGGCCACAAAUGCUGUAAGACAACUUACACAAAAAGAGCUCAAAAGUUCGUUGAGGACAAACCAGCGAAACUGGUUAAAGUAGAAAGUUCUGCAUAUUUCAAUAAGAAAAUAUCACACGAUAAACCAAUAGCAAACCUUGAAAAGCGAAGCACUAAAAAGGAGCCAAGCUCCUGUACUAGGCCUUUAAGAAGUAUUUCAACAUUAUCCAAAACAUUCACUGCUAAUCAAGUUCAUGAGCCAGUCAGACUUCAGAGUUCUGUUUGGGAUGAGAAUGCUUCUAGAGAGGCUGAUGAAGUUUGUUUUGAUUUGUUAAGUCAUGAUGACUUUCAAACAGCUGAUUCUUUAACUGGUGGCAACAAGCAUGUUAAUAAAGCAGAUCUACAGGAAGAAGAAAUCAUUUCUGCAUCAAAAUCUUCACAAGAUUUGGAUAUAACUAAAAAUGGUUGGGCAGAUCUUGAUGCUUUUAAACUCAGUAGACAAGAAUUGUAUCAAAAUGGUCGACCUCCACACCUUCUAGACAAUUAUUGCAUUGAAGAUGACCAGGAAUUUGUGGACAGUGAAGAAAUAUAUCAACACGAAAAUUUCUCAGAGCUGAAGUCGACUGAUAAAGAUUUUUGGAUGAGGCAAAGUUCUAGUGAUGAAGAACUCUGCAGACAGAUGAAUGUACCGUCACAAGACAGGGAAGAAAACAUUGCAGAAAGUUGUAUCUGUGAACAAAAUGUUUUCACUGAUACUUCAUUACAGCAAAUACCAUCAGAAAGAAGAAAUAACUUUUUACAAAGACAUGCUAUUGAUAGUUUCCUCAACUCCAAGGCAGAACAUCCUCUGUUGUGCAGUGGUGGAAAAGAUGUUUCAUUUAAAAACAGUCAAGAUUACAGUCUUUCCCAUCCAAUGUCUCCUGUGAUUGAGUUUCAGCCUAAUAAUUACACAAAGAAUCAAGCAGAAGCUUAUGUUAUAUGUUCUCCAAAGAAGUCUGUGAUUACAGGAUGUGGUGCUCAAAGAGAACUAAUACAAUUUUCUAAUCACAAAUUUACACUACCUUCUGAUCAUCACUAUGAUCACUUAGGAACUCAGCAUAAAAUGAACCUACAAUCUCUUCAAGAAAAGAAAUUUCAUGAUUCUGCUCAAGUCAGGACCAAGAUAUUUAAUCCUCAAUCACAAUUACCUUUAGAAGAACACCCUACUUGUGGGCUAUUUGAUGGAAUAUUUUGAAUAACAUGAAUGAUACUUUUUAGUUUAUCAAGAGAUGUAUUGGCUUUGUAAAAACAUGAUUCAUGCACUGUUUAUCUGUUAAACUUGUUUAUCUUUUCUGAAUGUGUAAACCAUUUUAUCAACUUUAAGAUAUUUUGGUGUAUUUUCACAUUAAGUGACAAUAAGGUUCAAUUACAUUUCUGAUGGUGCUAAUUUUUAGAAACUGAAAUAAUAGUAGAAAUAUUAAGAAGUAUUAAGUUGAUAUAUGUUUAUAAAUUUAAAAAUAAAAUUGAUUUGUGUAUUAUUUGCUUAUUAA